CUUGCACAGGUAGCAGGACCAGGAACAAUAAACACCUGAAACCCGCCAUGUUGUAGGAUGGUAAAUUCUUGGAAUUUUUUGAGGAAUAAAAUGUAUUAAUACCCAGCUAUAGGUGAAGAGUAUCCUCAAACAUGGACCCUAGGAACAGCGCCAAGGAUGUUGUAUGCUGCACCCUGUGUCAGGACUCUGUGGCCCCCAUGUACUGUGAAGUUUGUCAUAUACAUCUGUGUAAAGACUGUGUAGAGACACAUUUAUCUGAUUCCUCCAUUGUUCAUAAAGUAGUGUCACUUAAACAAUACUUAUCCACUCUGAGUUAUCGUAAGUGUAGGAAACACCCCACCAAACAAUGUGAACUCCACUGUGAAAAUUGUGACAUUCCUAUCUGUGUACAGUGUAUUUCUGGAGAACAUUUAGGACAUAAACCAGUUGACAUAUCUAAAAUCUUUGAGAACAAAAAUGAAGUUUUACAGAGAGAGUUACAAGAAUUAGAGAAAUCCUUUUAUCCUAAAUACAAAGAGAUUGCAUCCAACAUCCCAGUGCAGAAAGCUGAACUGAGUAAAAACUCCCAGAAUUUGACAACAGCAAUUGACAAACAAGGAGAAGUCUGGCACAGAGAAAUAGACACCAUUAUCACAAACCUGAAAUCUAACGUGGAGGAAAUGGAAUCCAAACACCUGGUCUUCCUCAAUAAACAGGAAGAUGAAAUCACACACACCAUUUCGGAAAUCACACAGACCAUUGCUGAACUGAAAAAGUUACUGAACUCCAAAGAUGUCUGCCUUGUCUCUGAGUACAAAUCCAAGAUUGCUGAAUUCAGAAAAUUGCCUCCUAAACUCAAAGUGUUAUUACCAAGCUUCAGGCCUCAGGAAAUCCACACGUCAGAUCAGCUGAUUAAACAGUUUGGUUCUCUGUCAGCAUUAUCUUUUACAGCAGAGAAACAAGACUACAGCAUGCCGCCCCAGGGAGCCGAGUCCUCUCCCCCAGACUGGUCACUGAUGGAUGUACCCCAGCUCAUCACAGCUAUAGACACAGGGCAUAAAUAUCUAUAUGGUGUGACGUGUCAGAAUAAUGCAGAGAUCUGGACACAUGGUCUUGACAAAGAGAUGAAACUCUACAACCUGCGGGGGAAACGAGUGAGGUCCAUCCAAACCAAGUCAGGGAACAGGCCACAGGACAUAGCAGUGACAAGGAGUGGGGAUCUAGUUUAUACUGAUGACAAUGAUAGAACUGUGAACAUAGUGAAGAAUACACAGAUACAGACAGUGAUCAGACUACAGGGGUAUAUACCUCACGGUGUCUGUAGUACCUCCUCUGAUGAUCUCCUGGUUGUCAUGAAGAAUGGUGAUAAACAAACAAAAGUUGUGCGUUACUCUGGCUCCACAGAGAAACAAAGUAUUCAGCACGAUGACAAAGGAAAACCUCUCUAUUCAUCUGGUGGAGACAUCAGGGAGAACAGGAACCUAGAUAUCUGUGUGUUAGAUGGUGGAGCCCAUGCAGUAGUGGUGGUCAAUCAGGCCGGGAAACUCCGGUUUACCUACACUGGUCCUCCCUUUACUACCAAGGAAUCAUUUAAUCCAUAUGGCAUCACAACAGACAGCCAGGGUCGGAUCCUGACAUCAGACUAUAACAACGACUGUAUCCACAUCCUGCAUCAGGACGGACAGUUCCUCCACUACAUUGACAGCUGUCAAUUAGACGGUCCAUGGGGUUUAUGUGUGGACACCAGAGACAACCUCUUUGUGGCUGAGCAUAGCACAAAUAAAGUGAAGAAAAUCCAAUAUACCAUGUAAAUCAAUUAACUCUAUGAGUUACAUGUAAACAAAGUGUACAAAGGAAGUAUUGUGUACUGUGUGUAAAUAUAAUUAUAAUUUCUAUACAAACUGUUCAUAUUACACCUCUUCGUGGGGAUUAUAAGAAAUGAAAACACAUUAAUUGUGUUAUUGAAUUUUGUUUCUCAUGAAAACUGACUGACCAUGUAUGUUGAAUGAAAACAGACUGUCAGACAAAUGAAGACAAUUGAUAACAUGUCAUUCAAAUAUCCAUGUUUGAAUAAUUUAUCAUGUACAUACAAAUGAUUAAUUAAAACUGUGUUUAUAUAUUUCAAAAUAUGUAAUUAAAACUAUUGUGUACAGUAUUGACCAUUACCUGCAUGGAAAGCAAAUCUGUUUAUG